UCCAUACCUGCAAGUCCCUCUUCCUCGAGAAGAACGUAAUAGCUACGAUUGUAGAGAGAUAUAGCUAAAUUUGUGUAUGAGCACACAUGUAUUUUCCGGCUAGAUAAUUCUCGCGAUUACCUUAAAAAGUAGGCAUGCAAGCGAUGAUCUUCAGCUCAGAUCUCUGAUCCUGGAUUUAUUAACUGUAAAACUAGGUGAUUCACUGUCAUGUCAUCCAACCCUUCAGAAGCUACCGUUACAGUUGAAAGGGAAGAAGAUGGAACCAACAACGUCUCUUCUGUUAUUAAUUCGGAUACCCCUCCUCUAGAGACAUCUUGUCCAAAAGAUGAAGAGGAACAAAUUGAUGAGUUUGAAGAUCAGUCUAAUGAAGAUGCUCACAAGCAAUUAGUGGUUUAUUAUGACCCUAUCACCAAUGGUACAGCUGAAGUUGAACCUAUUAGUUGUCAUCCUCCAGGACUACCAAGAAAGUCAUUACCAAAUCAGUCUUCUAGAGUCUCGCCAUCUGUAGGGGCAUUUACUGUCCAAUGUGCAAGCUGUUUCAAAUGGAGACUCAUUCCGACUAAGGAGAAGUACGAGGAAAUUCGCGAACAUAUUAUCGAGAAUCCUUUCUAUUGUGUUACUGCUCGCGAGUGGCGGCCUGAAAUAUCAUGUGAAGAUUCAACUGACAUCUCUCCAGAUGGUAGUAGAAUCUGGGCAAUUGAUAAGCCUAGUAUUGCUCAGCCUCCUUCAGGAUGGCAACGGAUUCUGAGGAUCAGAGGUGAAGGAGGCUCCAAGUUUGCAGAUGUGUACUAUGCCACACCAACAGGCAAGAGACUGCGUUCAAUGGUUGAAGUUCAAAGGUUCAUGUUGGAACAUCCAGAAUAUGUUGAAGCUGGGGUGAAAUUAUCGCAAUUCUCAUUUCAAGUUCCAAGACCAUUGAAUGAAAAUUAUGUGAGAAAGCGACCUGCUCGCUUGAGUUCUGCAUGUGAUGAUGGUGCACAGCUCUGUGAAUCUUCACAUGGUAGCCAACCCUUUGGCACUGUUGGGACCAGACCAAGAUACGAAUCUGCGGUUAGGUACAUUGUCUGGUUCAGUUAGCAGGCCAGCUAAGAAGAAACCAAAGACAGUUCAUAAGAACGACAAUGGUUAUGUUCAUCAUCAGCAAGCUGUGAAGAUGGAAGAGCCGUAUCAAUGGAGAAAUGGUAUGAUGUAAUCUAAAUGUCAUUUGUUGUGUUGAAGUUCUGUUGGAUGAUUGUUUUCAGAUCUGUUUGGUUAUAAUUAAGUAGAAGUGAAAGAUGAUGAUGAUGUAUCUGACUUUGAUGUAUAGAAGUUUCUUCUUUCUU